AUGUCUGCCGCUACCAAACCCGAGACUAAGAUACAACUGGCCGGCAAGGUUAUUGCAAUCACCGGCGCCCACCGCGGCAUCGGCCUCGGCAUCGCCGAGAGCUGCCUGGACAACGGCGCCGCGCGCGUCUACUCGCUCGACAUCGCCGAUGCCCCCGGCGACGAGUUCGCCGCCCUGGCCAAGCGCUACCCGGACCGCCUCUUCGCCGUCCAGGCCGACGUGACCAAGGAAUCCACCGUCACCGAGGCCGUCGACCGCAUCGUCGCCGAGGCUGGCGCACUGCACGGCAUGGUCGUGAACGCCGGCCGCACCAAGCACAAGGCUGCGCUCGACUUCACUGAGGAGGAGAUCAUGGGGCUGUUUUCGAUUAAUCUUUUCGGAGCCUUCUACUGCGCCAGAGUAGCCGCUCGCACCUUCAUCAAGCUCGGCAUCAAGGGCUCCAUCGUCUUCACCGCAUCCAUGGCCUCCUACCGUCCCAACAAGCGCGUCCCCUCCGCCCCCUACGGCGCAACCAAGGCCGGCGUGCGCAACAUGACGCACACGCUGGCCAUGGAGUGGGCCAAGCACGGCAUCCGCGUCAACUCGGUGUCCCCCGGCCUCGUCAACACGGCCAUGACCUACUGGGUGCCCCAGCAGCCCGACUGGGACAAGCAGCUCGAGUACUACGGCGGCAUGCCGCGCCUGGCAGAGGUGCAGGAGCUCGGCGGCGCCUACGUGUAUUUGCUCAGUGAUGCUGCGAGUUAUACCACGAGUAUCGAUAUCCCCGUUAAUGGCGUUAUUGGGAUUUGUUAA